AUGUCUGAACUCCCCGAAAUGCGUCAACAAAUCCUUGACAACUUCUACUUCCACGCCCUCCUCGAAAGCGACCCCUACAUCAUCAUCGCCAAAAACUCCGCUGGUGGCUAUCAGGCCUACGUUAUGGACAAGUCUGAGAACCAAGUCGACAGCUUGACCGGAGAAGUUGCUGCCACCGCAGAAGAGGCUCUUCGCAAGUUGUUCGACAAGAGCUGCGAGCGUGUUCAAAAAGCUCUUGAUGACCUUGGUAUCGAGUCUGGAUCAGCCUCGGAUGUGAGUGCAUAG